UCCAACACCAUAAACGCGAAGAGGCUGCUUCUCCUUCGCGGGACUUGGGGCAGAGACUCGAAAUAAGAGGCACUUGAGAACAAGGCUCGGCUCGGCUCGGCUUAGAUCGGCUCUGAUCGGGUCGGCUCGGACACGUACGGCGGAGUCAAGGGGAACUCCUGGUGAGCCGAAAGUCUGGAAUUCAGACCUGUCAUACUUCGAAAUGAGAUGGAAGUUUGUUGGAGAGCCACUAUACCCAGCGCUUUUUGCGAAGAGGAAAACGUGAACGGGAUUUAAUUACAAAGAUUUAUGAAACUUAUUUCAGCGAAAUAAACGGUCAGCGUCAACCCAGCCAUGACAGCACAUCAGGGAGUUGCCAGCUACUGUCUUUUCUCCAACAUGCUCCUGCUGCUGUUCCCCCCUGCAGUGCCAUUCCGAGGGCCCCCCGAUCCACACCGAGCCCACCUCCCAUCCCUGGUGACCCACACCCCCCAAUCUCUGUCCCGCUCUCGCUUCAGUGCUCAGGCCCAGCUGGAUUUCAGCACCCACUGCACCGCCAGCUGCUACCACAAGGAGUUCAGGCCAGAGGUACUGACUGAGCAGCUUGCGUUUGAGACACUGUAUUCCGAUGGCUCCCGCACGCUGACCACCAUUGACCUAGAGGUCAGGGAUGGGGAUGAAGUUAAUCAGAGCACUGCAGUUCAGCCUCCCACCACAAGGGGCAACCAAAUCUUUGCCACUCGGCGCCAGAGGCGGAAGCGGCAGAUCUAUGGUGCCGAUGGCCGCUUCAACAUCCGUGGCGACCACUUCCUGCUGGAUUACCCCUUCUCCACAGCGGUGCGCAUCUCGACGGGGUGCACGGGUGUCCUGGUGUCCCAGCGACACGUGCUCACUGCCGCCCACUGUGUGCAUGAUGGGAAGGAUUAUGUGAAAGGGGCCCGCAAGCUGAGAGUGGGCUUCCUGGUGCCGCCACCUGCCAACAGCAGCCGCCCCGGGAAGCCCCUGGUGCGCUGGGUACGGGUUCGACGGACCCGGGUCCCCAAGGGCUGGAUUCAAGGGCCACAGGAUGCCAGCAUGGAUUUCGACUAUGCCUUGCUGGAGCUGCGUUGGCCUCACCGCCGUCCCUUCAUGCGCUUGUCGGUGGCGCCAUCCUCCAAGAACCUGGCAGGCCGCCGGAUCCACUUCUCCGGGUUCGACAGCGACCGACCAGGGGAGCUGGUGUACCGCUUCUGUCCCGUGGAGGACGAGUCAAACGACUUGAUCUACCAGCACUGUGACGCCCGGCCAGGGGCCAGUGGCUCAGGGGUGUACGGCCGGGUGUGGGAUCGCGUCCUGGAGCGCUGGGAGCGUAAGGUCAUCGGCGUCUUCUCCGGCCACCAGUGGCUGGAGAUCGAUGGCGAAAAUCGCGAUUUCAAUGUGGCCGUGCGCUUCACCCCGCUGAAAUUCGCCCAAAUUUGCUACUGGGUGCAUGGUAAUCACGUGGACUGCAGUCAGGACUGAAUUGGAUGUGGUGGGAGGGGGGCACUGGAUUCAGAAAGUAGAGUUUAUAUGGGGGGGGGGGGUGGUUGAAAUGGAAUGCCACACUGCAGCUUAACUGUGGGCCCGAAAGGUAGAAUUUGCAGUGAGCUUUUUUGAAAGCCAGAAUGAACUAGAUUAAGAAGCUAUGUGACCACAAGGUUUGGAUCAAAUCAGGCAUCAUUGCUGAAGUGGAAAAAUGUAUUCUGAAACUGAAUAAGAGUCAGGAAUGGCUGAAUGUGGGGUUUUGACUCUACGCCCCAGUUUUUUCUGUUUUUCUCGCCGUAACUCCAUGCUCAAAUGGACUGGCCUGCCAGCUGCAUUUUGGCAGAAGCACUUUUUUUUCCUGUUUACGGGAAGCCUUCCUCCCUGGAUCCUGGACAUCCACCUUUCUCCACAUCGGAGCCACAGUGCCACUCAGACACGGUCUCUCUCGCCAAUCGCCUGGGGUGUACAAAGAGCCGGUCACAUUCAUUGCAUCCUGUGCUACGAGGCCUUUUCUUGAUGCGUAAUGUGAAUCUGAGGCGUCUGUAGAUAAACUGAUCAUAAGGGAGAUGGGAGGGGGGGGUGAGUGUGUGUUAGUGUGCGUAAUGCAGUGAGUGUGUGUUUGUGUAUAGCGCUGUGUGUGUGUUUGUGCAUAGUGCAGUGGGUGUGUGUUUCUGCAUAGUGCUGUGUAUGUUUGUGCAUAAUGCAGUGGGUGUGUGUUGGUGCAUUGACAGAAAUCCGGUUUUUAUAUUUUCAAAGUCAGGAUGCUAUUUGGUUUUUAGGAAUGUUUACACGGUGCGAAAACUUGGGUGGCUAAGCAACUGGGACUGGCACAUUUUCCAGGAGGGCCUCUGCUGUUGUACCCAUGAGGAACCUGAAAUGCUUUAGUAAAACAUCCAGCUGUAUAUUAUGCUACAAAAUGCUAAUAUGUAUCACAUUCUCUCCUGCAUUGGAUAAUAAGAUCUGCCAAGCAACUACGUCAUAUAGCAAAGUUAGGGCAUGCAGAAUUUUUUCUAUGUAAACUGCAUAUGAUGCAAGCUUCUCAGAAAUGAUGGUUCCCAUGUGAUCCAAAGAACCACUGGCCCAAACUAGCAAUGAUCCCCUGAGUCAGACUACCUGUGAUCUCCAUGCCGGUGGACUGGCCUACCAGUCACCAACAUGCCUAUGGACUGGUCUGCCUGUGAGCCACAUCCACAGCUCUAUGCGCCUGCAGUCGAUGAGAUGGUCUUCCUGUGAUCCUUACCUAGAUGCUCAUCACAUGCACAAUCCAACCACAUUAGAAUCUCUAACUGAGGAACCACUGACUUUCUCACAAAUGCAAUAACAGCGUCUUGCUUCCAAGCAGGAGUAUUUCAAUUGUUUUAAAAAUGCUUUUCUCUAUUUUAAUAAACUAUAUGAUUGCCUAUUA